AUGUACACGGCCUUCAAAGACCCCGGCCCACCCGUUUACUACAAGCGCCAAAUCUUCGACUCUAACCACUCCGUCUACCCAGGAACCUUUGCCGUAGAUUUCGUGGUCUCAAAAGAAGAUGGUCUCGCCUCUGCUCAGCGAAUGGCUGAAGAAGACGACACCACCGAACUCCCCGAACGCACCACCAACUUCACCCCCAAAGAAUGGGAAGGGAUUGGUAGUUCAGACACCACGCCCAUGCUGAUAGCGCUUCACGGUCUAUCUGGCGGUUCCCACGAAGUCUACCUCCGCGAAACCCUUUGGCCCCUCCUGAAUCCCACCUCGUCGUCUGAACCCUGGACCGCAUGCGUAGUAAACGGCCGCGGCUGCGCCCUCUCCAAGAUCUCCACCCCACAACUCUUCAACUCGCGCGCAACCUGGGACCUCCGCCAAACCAUCUCCACUCUCCACGCCUUAUUCCCCAACCGCCCUCUCUACGCCAUUGGCUUCAGUCUCGGCGCCAACAUCCUAACCAACUACUGCGGCGAGGAAGGCGAUAAAUGUACGCUAAAAGCAGCAGUAUCUUGUUCCAACCCCUGGAACCUCGAGGUGUGCAACACGACACUUCAAUCCAGUUACCUUGGUUUGCACGUCUACUCGCGCACCAUGGGCAAGAACCUCAUGGGCCUCUUCCGCCGGCACCGGGAACAAAUCCUCAAGAACCCGGGUAUCGAUGAAUCGGCCUUGCUAGCGAGUAAAUACCUCCACGAGUUUGACCGCCAUGUUCAGUGUCCUACGUGGGGUUAUCCAACCGAAGGCGCUUACUACCGGGACUCGCAAUCCGUCGACGCGCUACUAGCCGUCAGGAUACCCUUUCUGGGCAUCAACGCCGAAGACGAUCCGAUUAGCAACAAGGCGGGAUUGCCGUACCAGGAGGUGUUGCAGAAUCCGAAUACGCUGUUGUGUACGACGGAUUGGGGGGGCCACCUCGGUUCCUUCCAGCUAGGCGGGGGGCGAUGGUUUGCGGUUGCUGCGGCGGCGUUUUUGCAGAAGAUGUACGACGAGGUUGAUUUUGAGGCUACGAAAGGUGUUGAUGAAGGAAAGGACGUUAACAUGGGGGGACUGCAGGGAAAGAAGUAUCCCAUUUUCGAUCCGAAUCAUCGGAGGUUGAUAUUGCCGGAUGCUUAG